GCAGGAAAAGAGAUGGACGGCCUUAUCUUAACAAAAAAAAUUAACAUUUCUUUUUUAGUUUCCUACCUUUUCUCAACAACUAAGCGGUUCAUUUGGGAAACCUAGUAAAAGAAAAGAAAGCUUGGGUUGUUUUAGGGAGAUGGGGUUGGCCCAAUAUUUGCAAUCUUCCUACAUUUUCUCGUUAUCCAAACGAAUUUCAAUGGACUCCUAAGUACUUGUACCAUGGCUGUUAGUAGGAAAAAGGCUAUUCUCUGAACUAGUUUUCAAUUUCGUUCGAGUAAUUUUGCAGUUCCGAACAAAUUUUAGUUGAAAGAAGGUUUAACCCUAGUUGAUUCAUGACAGGGUUUUCAAUCAAAGAUGAGAAAAAAAAGGGAUGAUCUAGGGUUUUUGAACCUACUUGUAACUGGACUAGAAUGUUCUCUGUUAUCAAAAUAAGUUCUGAAACAUUGUUUGUGUUUGAAUUUUUCUACAGGCCACAGCUGAGUUCUAGAAAAGCUCAAUUUGGGUUAAACAUGGCUGGUGGACGAGUGGUAAGCAGGUCAUCAAAUUCCUGCCCUGCUCCAUAUUCAGAUGAUGGAAAGAGCAGGGAAGAAGGUGAAUUCAGCAAACAGGUGACCAAAGAAAGAAAAUAUUUCAAAAGGAUCAUAAAAGCUGAUGCAGGGAAGAACACUAAAGAAUCAGGCUCCCCUGUUGCUGAUGCUCCCCGAAAAUUGAGCAGGAAAAGAAAGAAGGGAGACGAUGAAUGUCAACCUACACCCCCUAAACUGCCUGAUAAUAUCUCCAUUCAUGGUUGCGCAGCUUCCCAUGAGGUGGAAGUCCAGUCAUUUCAAUUGGUGGCUACAUCUGAAAAUGGAGCAAUGGAAAACGGUCCAGAAAAGAUGUCAACUACAGGCUCCCCAAAGGAUGGAGUGGAGGCUGAAAGAAUUGAUGCUUCACCUGAGGUUCCUGUUAAUUGGAGCAUUGCAAGAUCAGAUAAUGCCAAAGAUUUGGAGGAAGAUGAGCAGGAAGAGGUUCAAUCCAUAACAUCUGAUUCCUAUGUGCUGGUUAAACCGAUCAAAGAAGCGGGGGCUGUUCCUGUUAUGGGGUCUCUGAGCACUGCAACCUCGGAUAAUUCCCACAAUUUGGAAGAAGAUGAGCAGAAAGAGGCGACAUCUGAUUCCUAUGUGCUGAUUGGAGAGGACACUUCUACCUCCUAUGCCAGUACAACACCAAUCCCAGAAGUGGAGGCUGAAAGGAUUGAUACUUCUUCAUCCACUGCAAUCUCAGAUGAUGCCCACAAAUCGGAAGAAGACAAGCAUGAAGAGGCUCAACCCACAACAUCUGAUUCCUAUCUGCUCUCUUCCAUUCUCAAGGUAGUCAGUCUUCCAUGGCGCUUAUUCUCUAGAGCACGUGUCGGUGCUGGAACUGCUAGGCGCACCUGACCAACUCUCAAUUCACCAAACUGUUCGCUCUUCUUGAUGAUUUAGAAUCUGCAAAAUUCAAGUCCAACCAGCGAAGCUAUGUAUUCAAUGAAAUCACAGAAGACCCAGAGCUCAGUAGAAGCCAUUAAAGUGACCAAGGUUAAGUGUGAUCAAGCUGUGGAUUCAGUCAGAAAAGAGCUAGAAUCUCAGAAAAGAAGGUUGCCAAAGCUUGAGGUUGAAUCUGUUCAUACUGGGUAAAGCAGCUUUGUCUGGUAGGUUCAAGUUGGAAAGAACUGGAUUAAGAUUCAUUUGAAGUUGCAGUGCAACAGUUUGGAAGCCAUUAAUGGACAAGUUCUUGUUAUUCAUGUGUUCUGCAAAUUUUAUGAUUCUUGUCAACAUUAGCAUUGGUGAUUGUUCUUUUUCUUUCAUCUAUACUUCGUUGGUUUGGUUAAGAUUUCAUUUUAUUGGCCAAAUUUGUUAGAAUUUGUGCCAAGGGA